UCAUACUGAAGAUCGACAAGCAACAGAAACCACUGCUAACUUCCGUGACCUCGCUGACAGAAAUAGCAUGCAUUCUUCCUACUUAUAAUAGACAGUGGGUGGUAUCUUGGCCGGUUAGCUCAGUUGGUUAGAGCGUGGUGCUAAUAACGCCAAGGUCGCGGGUUCGAUCCCCGUACGGGCCACUUGAUUUUGUUUCAGAAUGAAAUGAUGUCUACAAUACGUACGGCUGUUUUACCGAGGAUUUUCUGCCAGGGAAUUACAAUUUUGUUGUGCCGCAGUCAUUAACUUGAUUUUAUCUCAUCUCCUAAUUGCUUGCAUCUACUGCUGUACGUUGCACUAUUAUGCAUUUGAUAAAAAAAAAAACUUUGAUUAGAUUUUUUUAAAUGGAGUUAAUAAAACCGGUCGCUGUAUCCGACUUUCGUUAAGAUUGUUACUUGUGAGGAUCCGUAUCUGACGAAACUUUAUUAACAGUAUGUGGUUCCAGACACACUCCAAGCAAGGAUUUACGUGAGUAAGUAGUAAAAAGAUUCCGCGAUGGCGGGAAACAUAAAGGACAAGGAGGCGUUGCAGAGGAUCAACUUCCUUUAUCAGGCGGCACACUGUGUCCUGGCCCACAAUCCGGAAAACGUGGAGCUUGUCCGGUUCUACUGUUUCACACAGAGGACUAUAUCCAGGCGCUUGGUGUUAAGACAAGAUCCAUCCGUGAAAAGGACAAUAUGUAAGAAGUGCUGCUCCCUUCUGGUGCCUGGAAUAACUGCAACGGUGCGACAGAGACGAUGCGGUCGGAAGCGCAGGGCGACUGUGGCCCGUUGCCUAAGCUGUGGGCACUCAAAAAGGCUGCUGAACAAUCCCGAGCAUCGACUGUGGGUCGACCAACCGGAGGCCCAGCUGGAAAACCAGGCCCAACCAGAACGAAAGACUGCAGCCAAAGUUGCCAAAGAGCCUGAGUCUCCUGUCUCCCAGAGUGGCCCACCUGCAGCUGGGCCCAGUGCCAUCCCCACUUCCUCCUGAAGAGGGCACUGUGGCCCUUAAGUCUCUUCCAUGGCCCACUCCAAGAAAGCUGUCUUCACUCAACCAAAUCCAGCCCCAGCUCUAGAUUUAAUCCUCUUCUCCGUCUUGUGGGGUUUGCAUGCAGUCUGUGCACCAUGGCUCUACACUAUUACAGUGCGGCUCCUAGGAAAUGGGAAGUACAAUGGAAACCAGGAGUUUGAUUCUUUAGAGAUGUGGUAGGUGGUCAAAGGUCACGUUCCACUCUGUGGGUUUGGUGGGAUGGGCGUGUCAACAUUCUUUAUGAAAUAACUGAAUUUGGAAGGAGAUGCUUCUGCUGGAAGUCUGAGCAAAGGUUGACUAGUAAGUGUUUUAAUUUAGUGCCAGUGUGGAUGUCUUACUCCCACUCAAUGGUGUGCAGGCUGGGUAUAAAAUAAAGUAGAUAUUGGCUGACACUAGAUCAGGCCUCUCCUGAUUGGGUGAGUCGGCUUUACCGUGUGACAAAUGGAUUUCCAUGUUUUCUCCACACCAUAUGCUGUGUAUAAAGGUGAAGAGAAGGCAUGAUGGGAAUUUGCUCCAUGUCCGUCUGUUGGCGGGCAUAAUUUGACCGAAGGCGCGUCUGGUUGAUGGAUCACUUGGUCACUUUCAGAACCUAAGUGAGACUGUGUUUGAGUGUGUUGACUGAAAAGAAGCUUAUCGGGGAAAUUAAACCUGGAAUAGUUUCUCAAUUAUAAGCAUUUGUUUUAAAAGUUUAUUGUCAAACAAUAUUACUCCAAUACUGGUACAAUAUGUCAGUGGCAUCUUUUAUGGAGUUGUUUAAACAGCAUUUCUGUACAGUAAAAAAAAAAAAAAUGAAACA